AUGUCGUCCAGUUCAUCGUCCGCUAGCUGGCAAAGACUCAUCCGGUUCGAAGCGAAGGGCGCGGUCCAUAUUGGAGAGCCAGUGGACGAGAGGCUAGACAUCGGAUUGGCGUACGAAAACAAGCAAAAGAUCGAGGUCCAUGUCCUUGACGGCUCCUGUCCGUGGGAUCCCUCCGCUACUCGCACCGGCGAGGUGCUGACGGUGGAGACUCUCUUAUCGCCUAUCUCUGCCGAAACAGUCGGGACGGUCCGGUGCACCGGCUUGAGCUAUAGAGACCACGCUGAAGAGAUGGGUCUGCCAAUUCCUGAGACGCCCUCUGUAUUCACGAAGCCCGCCCAGUCCCUCGCCGACCCGGGUACCUCCAUCCCCAUCCCCCUCGCGGCGCAGGACGAGCAGCUCGAUUAUGAGGUCGAACUGGCCAUCGUCAUCGGCAAGACGUGCAAGGGUGUGAGCUCGGAGGAGGCUAUGAACUACGUUCUGGGUUGGACGUGCGCCAAUGAUUUGACGGCACGUAAGCAGCAGAAGGUGACUAGUCAAUGGGUAUUUGCCAAGGGCUUCGACAAGUUCUGCCCUCUCGGUCCAUGUAUUGUCUCGACCCGCGCGCUACCCGACCCGCACAUCCUCGCGCUCAAGACUCACGUCAACGGCGACAUUAAGCAGGACGGCUCGGCGUCAAAGAUGAUUUGGCCCAUCGCGCAUAUCAUUCACCACCUGUCUCAAGGAACGACACUACCAGCUGGGACAGUCAUCAUUACCGGUACACCACCGGGUAUUGGAGAUGGUGCAACCCCCCGGUUCUGGCUGAAGGACGGGGACGACGUUCGAUGCUUCAUAUCUCAUGGUGUCGGGACAUUGAUUAACAAGAUCGCAUACGAAUAG